AUGCGUAAGGCGCAACAUGGCGAUAACACCAACCAUGAAUAUUAUGCAGCCGACAGCGUACAGAUCCCGCAGCCUAUCAGUAAAACGCAGCCCUCGUGGGAUCCGACCAAUGCGACGCCUUUGUUUGAAGAGAAUGAUUUCGAGCUCAGCCAUUCACAGCCUUCAGAUAUCUCGAACGGCCGUCCUGUUGCUCCUGCUGACAAUCGUGAUGACGACUGGGUCGUGGUAGAGCCGCAGGCUCCUGGCGAGCCAUAUCGCAUGGUGCCGUCCGGGGUGAGCAAGCAGCCUGCCUCUGGCCCAACGACGACAGAAGGAGCGACAUCAUCAGAGGUUACUCGGAGCAAUGCCACCCACGCUCAACAAGCUCCGCCCGAGACCUCACCACAACGCAACUCCUCCUUCGUUGGGCUGCCUCCUAUCAGACGAAGCUCCACCUUUGGUAUCAAUUAUGCGCGCAGAGCAAAGGAACGCUUCUCGCUUGAUGAAGACGAGAUGGAUAAUUUCUCGAGGACAUCCACCCUUGAUGCCAACGCUGGCCCCAGCACACUGUCGUCGCAGCAGCAGCAGUAUAACAGUGCUGUCGCCCAACAGAGUGGCGACCUUCCAACUGGAACUGGAGCCCAGACCCGUGAUUCUCAGCAGGGGCUUGCAGGAGACACACUGGGCGCCUCCAGUCUUGGCCGCCCUGCUUCCUAUGCUUCAUCUGAGGUAGAUGUCGGUGAUGAUCCGGAGAAACCGCCCGUGGCAGAACCUGCGCCGUAUCAAAAUCGGAGGACAGCGCCAAUGCAACACCAGAACAUGCGGUCCCCGCCAGGUGUUCUCGGUCAAAACAUAUCUGGCGGUAAUCCUGUCCAGCAUCUUCCACCGCAAGGGCCUUGGAAACUUGAGGAGUCACACUUGUCUGAACCUCUGCUUCCAGCUAGCCGAAGCCGCCAUACUUCUGAUACCAGCCAGGCGUAUUUCGGCUUUGAUAAGGAGAUUGGUGUCACGAAUCCGGUUCCGAUUCAGCAGCGCUCAGCUGUACAAAUGCCUCCUCGUCAAAAGUUUUCAGAGACGCCGCCUUCAUCUGCACGUCGUUAUCCGGAGCUCUUCUCUCGGGCAGCCGGGCAACAGCAGCCGCCCCCCCAGCAACAGCUGCAACAACAACAACAACCACAGCAGCAGCAGCAGCAGUCGCAAAAGCACUUGGAUCAAACCAUGUCGCGGACAUCGCUGGAUCUUCCGCCCCAGGUAUACCAGCAGCAGCCACCGAGUCGGGAAGAUAUGAUGUUGCAACGAAGUAAUACAUCCGAAUUCCAGGUCCCGGGUGUUGGUCCGCCACCUGAAGACCAUCGCGGCCGAGAAAGAAGGGGUUCGGGCAUCUUCAAGGAGAUUGGUGGCCGGUUCAGGACUGCCUCUCGCGAACGCAAAGGCUCCGUCAUCGAAGGCAAUGGCUUCGCACAGCAACCUGGUGUUGAUGUGCAAGGAGAUGAGGUUUCGGAGUCAAGCUUUGAUACGCAGGAGCUUCGUGAGCGGAAGAAAAAGCGCCGGUCUAGCUUCUUCCUAAGCCUCAGGGGCUCCAAGCCUGCUAGCAGCGACGGUCCGCCAGGCGCCAGCGGAGAUGACACGGCGAACUCGUCGGAUGUUGCUGAACAACCCCAGACGCAUACUCAGCUCCAACAGCAAUUUGCUGAUCAACGCAAGAGGUCAUUCUUUGGAAGCACACCUGGUAGUGGACUGGGACUUCCGACUCUGUCACGGACCUCGACGUCAAGCAAUGUGCACGAGACUGAGGGUAGUUUGCACAGCCAUCAAUCGCCCAAAAAGCGACUGUCUACGUUGACGGGCAAGUUCUUUCACCGAUCUUCGGGUCAAGUUGAGGAGCCGCCCAAGCCAAUGACUGCGCAGUCCACAACUCCUUCUCUUCAGAGCCGUCUCUCGGGUCUUCCCAAUACUCAACCCGGAGUGCCCAGCCCACUUGCCAACCACCGGAGAGAGAGAAGCGACACAGCUACUUCAAGGCCUCCUACUGACCAUGAACCUCAAUAUCAGAACCAAGGUGACGCACAUGAUGUGAAGCAUGCAGACCGUGGCCGUAGAGCAUCCGCGGGCAACUUCUUGGCUGGCCUCUUGGGCAACAGAACUUCAUCCAAGCCUCGUGAGGCUCACCCCCAGCCUGAGAGGCUGCCGCAAGACCAACCGCAACAAUUUCAUUUUCAACGACAACCACAAGCUCAGGCGGGCCAGGUUGGCCAUCAACCUUCUCCGCAACCCGUCUUUCAACCGGGGACAGGCGACGCACAACACGUCAACCGCCAGUCUCCUCCGCCUUUCCGCACUCAGGGACCUCCUGUCCACCCCGUUGCAGGUGUUGCUAGUCCUGAGCAACGUGGGCAGAGCAGUUUUCCUAGCCCUCAAAAGGCCCCCGACAACACUCGAGUGUCUGUUCAGCAGGUGAACAGUGACACAGAUGAGGCGGGGUCAGACACUGAACAGACUGAACAUGCAGACGUUGCCACGGCAGCUACCUUGCAGGCAAAGCCAAGUGAAGAUUUGCCCCAGUCGCAAGUCCACACUCGGCCAGUUCCUGAUGUAAACUCCCAACCACUUGGACUACCAACCGUGACUGGAAUGAGCAACGAGGUCAGCCCAAACGCUUCGCCUGACUUUUCGUCGGUCAACCACCAGACCCAUCGCGAUUUUGGCGCGGGAACCGAACGAAUGCCUUUCAGCCCUGACCAUGUUCAACACGUUCAGCGCAUCGAGACACAGCAGACCCCUAGGGGCCAAUCUGGCCUUGAUCCUGAGACUCUGGGCCAGCUGCCUGCGCGAUCCAUCCAGAAGCAGUCUUCUGGAGCCGAUUUGCUGCCGCCAAGAGAACAAUUCUCUUCUUCACCUCGGCUGAAUAACGGCUAUCAACCACCCCCAUCCGAAACAUCGCUCCAGGAUCGACGAGUAUCACACCUCUCUAUGGGAUCAUUCCAAGAGCCCUCGACUCAUUCAAGUCCCAAUUUGUCCUCCCAGGUUGAUCCUCGAGUGCAGCGACCUGUUUCCAUUUCGCCCGUCCCUCAGGGGCUGCAUCAGCCGCCCGGAACGUCUAUUCACGCUCGCGCGUCGGCACCAUUGCUCACGACACAGACGACGGCCAAUAAUGGAUUCCCACAUGGAUACGGCCCUUCGCAGGCACCCGGGCAAAGCUUUGGACCGGGCCUUGCGUUUUCGAACUCCCAGGAACCCCCCGAGAGCCGUCGCUCAAGAUGGCUCAUGGGCAAGUCGUCACAGCAACCCGUGCAGGCGUCACAGCCGAAGCCUGAGAAGGAGAAGUCGGCAAAGUCCAUAUUUAACGCUUUCAAGCGCUCCUCGAAGCUCCCUUCUGCCAACCAGGCUCAGCCCGAUCUCGCUGCUUAUCGAACGAAUUCUCAUCAGCUACACCAGCAGACGAUGCAGGGCCGGCCGCUGAAUCCCGAACCGGGUCCGCAACAGAGUUCGCAACAGUCAUUCUCGCAGCGACAGCACCAGGAAGCCCAAGCCCAUGGCCAGCCUCAGCAGCUCCUUCGUGGCCCAGCAAAUCAUCUCGCACAAGGCCAGGCACCUCCGCUGAGCCACCCUCAACCUACAAAUGGGCAUGCACAGAUGGGCCCGCAUCAUCUUUAUCAGCAGCAGCGAAUAUCGCCGGCCACUGUGCCAGUGCCUGGGCAUAUCGAUCCACGUCAUAACUCGUUCAACAGCCCUCAUCAACCACAUGGGCGAUCGCCAGAGUUGGAUCAGCGAGGCGCUCGCAGCCCACCGCAGCCAGCCCAGUCCGGCGGAUACGACACAUCGGCUACACAUGAGGAACAUGGCCGAAUGGGCCAGGGCUUAGGGGGCCCACGGUUCAGGCAGAAUAUAUCUGCAGACCAGUAUCCAGCUCCUGUCCACCAAUUGGCGCACAAUCAGCAGCAGCAGCGGAGCUUGAUAGAACCUCAGUAUGAUCAAGUUCCUAUUCCUCGGGGUUACGCGGCCGUUCACGGGGAGGGCAGCAUCGAACCUUCACCCUACUUGUACGGACGCAGAGUGUCCGGGGGAUUCCAACAACCAUCAUUCGAACAGCAGCCGAGUAACAAUACCGUAAACCGCAGACAAUUCUCGGCAGAACAACUCUAUCGUCCCUACAGUCACACGCAACAGGUCCAGCCAGCCCUGCAAUAUGGUGUCUCACCUCCCCUGGGCCAGCAGGCUAGCCUCCGCGACAGCAUAGCCUCGGGUAGUUCCAGUCAAAACAUGUCUCGCGCCGGACAUCCUGCAACGCACUCUGGACCACCUGUUGGCCUCGGCCUCGAUCGACAGCAGGCUGGGUACGGAGGGCAGAAUGUGCAGCCGCCAAGCCUCCGCAUUCCACAAACUUUGCAGGACAAGGAAUUGCUGCCAACAGCAUUGCGAUCGAUACGGGCAUGUCCUCCAUGGCCAGGAACGAGAAGCAAUCGCCGCGUAAUGUCCAGGCAUCCCAGCAUGUUGCCGCCGAGGCGCCCCGAGCGACUAGCAACGCGUCCAACUCAAAUCCGUCGACCCCAGCAGGCAGGAACCUCAACAUAA